AUGUCGGGCAGCGCGGCGAAGUGGAAGGAGGAGCAGAUCCUCGUGAUCUGCCCCGGAAGCAGGACGACCAUGGCGCAGCUGGGAUGCAGCGAGCUGACGCCACCCAUUCAUCGGCUCCCGACGCGCAUGUUCAAGGACCCCGAAGACGGCGGCUGGAGACCGUAUCACACGUUUAAGAGGAAGAAGUCGGGCGCCGCGACGAAAGCCGCCGAGGCGAACGGCGACGAGGAUGAUUGGGAGUGGGUCGAGGACCAGGAUUCGGACGAGGGAGCGGUGUACCCUAUGCAAGCCGGUCGCAUCGUCAACAUGCCUGCCUUCCUUGCCUUUUUAGACCAUAUUCACAGCAUGCUGACGACGACAUAUCACAACACACCUAUUGUGCUAAUGGCAUCGCCUCAGUGGACGCGAGACUGCGUCGAAGAGGUCACGCGGUACAUAUUCGAAAAGACCAAGACGCCCGCCCUCUGCCUCAUCCACUCGGCCAUCGCGACCCAGUACGGCCUGCGCUGGCCCAACAUGACGGUCGUGGACAUUGGCUUCGAAAAGGUGGACGUGACAUGCAUCUACGACGGCAGCGUGGUGAACCACAUGGACCUCGGCGUGCCCUACGGCAAGGUUGAGGAUAUCCGGUCCGGCGGUGAGGUGUUUACCCGGAAACUUCUCGGCCUGCUCGGCAACAAGGGCUUCAACUAUGACAUGGCUGAGCAGCUCAAGAGGAGCGGAAUCUGCGAAGUGCUGGCCUAUAACCCGGACGUGCCCGGUUACAUGGAGUUGCCCAAGGAGAACGCGGAUCCCGCGGGGGUGCUGCGCUCGGCGCUGGUAACGAUCCUGUCAAGGGGUCCGGACGAGGAUGGCGUGCUCGACGUUGCCACCAUCGUCACGACUGGACAGACCAAGGAAUUUCUCGCCAAGAAAGAGAAGGAAAAGACCAAGACUGGAAAGAGGGGCAAGGGACAGGACGAGCAGAACGCGAGGCAGCGCUUACCCAACGCCAAGAGAAUGCGCAACGUCUUCCACUACGAGGAGGUGGUUCAAGAGGAGGUGCCUAAGCCCAAGCCCGCCCCCGUCGUUGGCGCGGAGAAGCCGGAUCCGGCGGCGGCUGCUGCACAAGGCGCGCCUCAGCCCGAGGGCGGAGACUCAUCGGCCGCCGUGAAGGCCGAGGCGCCGGAAGCGGCGCCUAAGCCCGUCGAGGAGGAGGGCCCCGUGGAGACGGAGCUCCAGGCCAAGCUGGUACGGCGCGACAUCGAGGUUGGCCUCGAGCGCUUCACGUUUGCGGACCGCCAGCAGAUUGACCGCAUCACCACGCUCAUCUGGAAGACGAUCCAGAGCAUCCCCGACAUGUUUAUGCGGCCCGCAUGCUGGGAGCACAUCGUCAUCGUCGGCAACGGUAGCCGCAUCCGGGGCCUACGCGAGAACAUUGUGCAGACGCUCAUGGCGCGCCACCUCGUCUCCCCUCACGCCCACGGGCUCCUUCACGGGCACGCCCCACCAGCUGCCGACCACGGGAGGCGGGGUCAACCCCUGCUCCAAGCCGCCACCACGGCUACCCUCAACGCGGGCCAGGUCACCGCCGCCACCGUGGGCGCCCCCGGCAGCGAGGCCGGCGGCGCGGCGGCCGGCACUUCGCACCGCUUCCACAGCCAGACGCCCACGAGCAUCAAGCUCGCCCCGUUGCCGACAUAUCUGUCCGAGUGGUCCAAGAAUGGCUACGAGGAGGCCAUGUUCCUCGGUAGUCAGGUGGCUGGAAGGCUGGCGUUUUGCCUGCACAACUUGGACGGCCCCAACUCGGAGGCCCAGAAGAAGAUGAGUCUGAGCCGUGUAGAGUACAACGAGCUUGGCCCGAAGGGUGUCCGCAAGCACUCGAUGCUCAGCUAA